GUGAAACUUUAUUUUUUUUUUCUUUUUGCUCCGAAGAAAACUUUGAACGUAAACAAAACAGAACCUUUCAGGUUAUUAGUAGAUAAAAUUAAUUUUAAUUGAAAAAAUCAUGAAAAUAGAAGCUGUUAGACGUUGGAAAGCGAAAGAACGGAAAUUUAAUCGACAAUACAAGUUAAAGACAAUAAAGAAGACACAAAAUUCUCGUGAUUUGAAGGGAAAAUUUGUAUUUUUAUUAUCCAAAACAAAUCUUUGUGCUGUUUUGAAAUUUAUUAGUAAAACUGUUUGUGUGACUGAGACAUUGCUUGUUAUUGAUGAAAUAUUCCUUAAUCAGAUAUCUCCGAAGUAUGUAAUUCCACACAGUAGACAUAAGAAGCUUCUUGAGAAAAGUGAGGUUAAGGUUACAAAACAAUUUCGAAUUUGCUGUGAAAAGAUCUUUAAGAAAUCUAAUUGGGUUACUAGAAAAAAAGAUAAGGUAUUACAAGAUGAAAAGGUAGUAGACACACCACAAAAGACAGAACAAGUCGUUCCACAACAAGAAGAACUUAAGAAAAUCACACCAAUAAAAAUAUUGUCAUGUAAUUUUUGUAAUCAAAAGUUUCUAAAGAGGGAACUACUGGAUGAGCAUGUAUCAAAGUGUCAUUUUUUCAAUGAUGACGAAUCGUCUGAUUCUGAUUCAGAGCUUCAUAUUGAUGGAAAUGUUGAGUUUAUAUUGGGUGAAGAUAAUCAGAUAUUUUCAACUCCAACUCCAAAGAAAUCUGCCCGAGAAUUUAAAUGUUUGCAGUGUUCCGCACUUUGUGGGACUGAGGAAAGUUUGCUUGCUCAUAUAGAGAGGACUCAUCCAUGUUCAAGCUCUUCAACUUCCCAAAACCUCAGAGUUUAUGAUAUUGACGGAAAUGCUAACAACAAUAAACCUACUCAAUCUCUGGAUCGAAAGCGAUCACUAUCAUCAGCUUCAUCAUUCUCAUCAAUAUCAAAUAAUUCAGUUGCAAAGAGUCCAGAAAAUGAACACAAGAUCAAAUAUCAGAGAUUUGAUUCCAAUUUGAAGAGUGAUUUCACCUGUAAGAUGUGUUCGACGAACUUUAAAGAGAGGACAUUCUUGAAUCGUCAUAUGACUAACAUGCACUUAUCCAAGGUCUAUAAAUGUUACAAGUGUAAUGUUCCAUUUAAUAAGAAGCUUCAAUUGACGAAACAUCUCCAUGCAGCGCAUCUUAGGUAUAAAAAUGAAGAUGGUUUUAUAUCUUCAAUUAGUAAUUUAGAGACAGUAGGUUACUUCCAAUGCUGCUUUUGUAAAUAUUCAUCAAAAUUAAGAAGCAAGGUAGCUGAGCACAUGACAAAUGAGCAUUAUGAAGACUUUGAAAAAGGUGGUGGACAUGAAGACUCAAUUAGUUCAUCUCCAGAUAGUUUAGAAGAACUUUUAUUGCCAGAAACAAGAGCAUUAAGAGAUAAUGAUGAUCUUUACGAGGAAGACUUACUUCAAGAAAUGGAACCAAGAAAAAACAACACAUUAAAGAAAAUGAAAAAGCCAACAAACGAUCCAUCAUUCCGUUUUCGAUGUGCUCGAUGCCAAAAACGAUUUUCAAGAUCCAGUUGGUUGAAGAAGCAUCCUUGCGCUGGAGUAGGAGCAAAGAUCAAAUCAGAGCCAGAACAAGAAGCAAAGAAGCCUCGCUUAUCAUAUCUAGUUAACGGAUUCUUAAGAUGUAAUGACAAAUCAUGUUCAAAAGUAUUUACGGACAGGAACUUGUACGAUCAUCACGUGAAGACUGCACAUUAGUUUAUUUUUAAGAUUUAUUUGUUAUGUUGAUCGUUU